AUGGGUUUCUCAGAUUCAGAGAAAGCAUGCAAAGAUCACCCAUAUCACAAUCAAAAGCAAGGAGUUUGUCCAUCAUGUUUAAGAGAAAGAUUAUCUCAACUUUAUAUAGUUGUUUCCGGUGAGAAAGAAGCAGCGGCAGCCAUGGCUGGACCUUCUUCUUCUUCUUCGAUGUCGUUUUCAUCUGCUUAUUCUUCAAACCAUUUAUCUCCAGGUCUUCAUAAUCAUCAAUAUCAUCAUCAACGAAACAUGUCUGAUAUUAUGGGUUCCAUAUCGUUUAGGGUAAGUGCAGGAAAUGGGUUAAAGAAAAGUAGAUCGGUGGCUUUUGUGGCAAGAAGCAGCCUUGUUGGAGAUGUGAAACAUGGGACGAAGAAGAAUAAGAAGAAAGGGUUUUGGUCAAAGUUGCUUCAUUUGAAAGGAAAGAAUAAGGAGGUUAAUUUUCCGGGAAAGUUUGCGUUGAAUGUAUAG